CCAAAAUCAGCACCAGCGCACGUUAUCACGCUCCGCCUAAAACCUCCCAUCUAUUUUCUUCUUCUUCUUCUUCUUCUUCCACCACUUACCACACUCUCCGACCGUCCAUUCCCGGCCGUCCGAUUCGCCGGAAUGGAGGCUCUGUUCGACUCAAUCAACGUCCGAGAGCUCCUCUCGGCGCAGGACCUCAGCGACCCCACCACACCUCUCUCCGCACCGGAUCUCCGCCUCCUCAUCCAACGCCUCGACUCCCACUCCCUCAAAAUAAAGUCCAAAAUCCAAUCUUACCUCCUCUCUCACCAACACGACUUCGCCGACCUCUUCUCCCUCUGCAACGACGCCGUUUCCCGCUCCGUUAAAAUCUCCGACGACGUCGUUCAGCUUCUCGCCUCACUCUCCGACCGCCCCGUCGAGGCAGAGAUCGGCCAGAUUAUGAAGCAGAUGAGCGCCACCACUAAAGAGGCGAGGGAGAAGCGGGAGCUGCUGGAGUUGGUGAGGGCAAUUCUGGAAAUAAGCGAAAAAUUGAAGGCGGCUAGAGAGGCGUUGAGGAAGGGGCGGCUGAGAUUUGCGGCUGAGCAAUUGAGGGAGCUGAAGAAGGCUCUUAGGGUUUCCGAUGAUGAUCGGGUUGAUGAGAGUGAGCCUGUGGUUUAUGGCUUGUUGAGGAAGGAGUGGUCAGACUGCUUUGAUGAGAUUCAAGAGGUGCUGAUGAGGUUCAUGGACAAUGCGGUGCGUUUCGAUCGCGAAUCGAAUAGAAUUCAAGUCAAGUAUGUACUCAGCAUUGGUGGCAACGAUGGGAUUGAGCUCAAGACAGUGUUACAAGCUUUGGAUGUGGUUGACAUUUUACACUAUGGACUUGCUAAAGUAGCUGACUUGAUAAUCAAGCAUUGCAUCUCUCCACCUCUAAAUUCUGGAGCACCUGUGUCCUUUGUAACAGAAAUAAAUCCAAACUCACAAGCAAUGACUGAGGCGAUACUGAAGAUUGUACCAUCAAAUGAUCCUAAGAUUGAAAAAAUGGACGGGGAGACUAUCUAUCCAAGGAUUAUUGAGGUUAUAAAGUUUAUUGACAAGUACAUUUGCUUUCAAGAGGGAUCUUGGACUCGAUGCUUUGGAAGAUUGACAUGGCCAAGAAUAUCAGAGUUGAUUAUUUCUAAGUUUCUUUCUAAGGUUGUCCCCCAAGAUGCUUCAAAACUUGCAGACUUUCUAAAGAUCAUCAAUUGUACUUCUGAAUUUGAGACUGCUUUAAGGGAGAUGAAGUUUAUUUCAGUAUCUGAAAACAAAGAUAACCAGUUGAGCAGUUUUGCUGAAAACGUCGAGGUUCACUUCGCAUCCAGGAAGAAGACAGAAAUCUUGGGAAGAGCUAGGAAUUUGCUUCUACAAUGUGAUUUUGCUAUUUCUCAAGAGAAUACAAGGAGGAAAGGUAAGCACGAUGGGGCUGCUAGCAAUACACCAGAAGAUGUUGACUUGCUAUUUCUUUCGGAGCGGUGUGUGGUGUCCAAAGCAGCAAUUCAAUUAAUGAAGUUAGUGCAUGAGACACUCAAGGAUGUCUGCUUGUCAUCCCCUAGAGUUGCAUUGGAAUUUUAUCGUGCUGCUAGGGAUGUACUACUUCUAUAUGAAGUUGUCAUACCUGUCAAGCUAGAACGGCAGCUUGAUGGCAUCAACCAGGUUGCUGUUCUGAUGCACAACGAUUGCCUUUUUCUAUCUCAGGAGAUUCUUGGGCUUGCAUUUGAGUAUCGCUCAGACUUUCCAACUUCAAUGAAAGAUCAUGCUGUAUUUGUUGAUAUGGCUCCAAGAUUUCAUCUCAUGGCAGAGGGAAUACUGCAGAGACAAAUCCAACUUGUGAUUCAUAGCUUGAGAGAGGCUGUAGAUGGCGCUGAUGGAUUCCAGAAUACCCAUCAAAUGCAACAAUUCCAAUCUGCAAAAUUUAGUAUAGAUCAGGUUGUUUUCAUAUUGGAGAAAGUACACAUUAUCUGGGAGCCACUCUUAUUACCUUCAACUUACAAGAGAAGCAUGUGUCUGAUUCUAGAGUCAGUUUUUUCUAGAAUCACAAAAGACAUACUCCUUUUAGAUGAUAUGGCAGCAGAAGAAACGUUAGAGCUUCAAAGACUGAUUCACUUGAUGCUGGAAAACGUAACUUCUUUGUUGGGGUCCCUGGCUGCUCUUCAAGUUGAGAAGUCACAAGCGGGCAUGACACCUCUUGAUGAUCUUAUACCAUCAUUACGAAAAAUUCGGAAAUUGGCAGAAUUAUUAGAUAUGCCCUUGAAAGCAAUCACUACAGCUUGGGAAACUGGAGAACUGCGAAAUGGUGGCUUUACAUUGUCAGAGGUAGAAUAUUUCAUCAAAGCAAUUUUUCAAGACUCGCCUUUGCGGAAAGACUGCUUAUGGAGGAUACAUGGCUACUCUUAACUACUCAUUUUAUUCUCAUAGAGUUUUUUUACCAAAGCAUGGUGUUCUGUUUUUACCUUAGAAUUCUGAAAUAUGUAAAAACGGAUGUACCUAGAAGCUGUAGAGUGUAUUGAUCAGAUAUCUUACUUUUCAUGGAAUCAAAACUCGAAUCCAAACAUCUUUUUGAAUCUGGUACAUCACUAUUAGAAUUUAAAUGAAAGUUAACCACUGAUGUUAA